UAAGAGUAAAAUUAUUAUCUAAGGUGAUAAGGUCAUGUGAUAGAUAGUCGGACCUUAGUUUCAGGACCAUACAGAACUAAUACCUUAAACCAGACGUUGAAUUCUUUGACAGUCCCCGAAUAUGUCGCUCACUGAAUCAUCUGCUGUUGACGUUGCAAGGGCUGCGUGUGAGGCGUCUCGUCACCUUGCAACGUUAUCCGACACCGCCCGUAACGAAGCGCUGACGGCUCUUUUUCAUGCUCUUGAGAAAAAUAAAGAUGCCAUUCUCGAAGCAAACCGCAGAGACGUCGAGGCAGCAACUCGUGCAACGAACGAUGGCAAUCUCAGUAAAAGCAUUCUUAAAAGACUUGACUUGGCGAGACCUGGAAAGUAUGACGAGAUGCUGCAAGGUAUCCUGAGCGUGCGGAACUUGCAAGAUCCAGAUGAUGGUCUUGUCCUGGAGAGAGUCAGCUGCCCAAUUGGCGUGUUGCUGAUCAUCUUCGAAGCCCGACCGGAAGUUAUCGCCAACAUCAGUGCCCUGUCUAUCAAGUCAGGAAAUGCUGCAAUCUUGAAAGGCGGGAAGGAAUCCACGGAAUCAUUUGCUGCAAUUGCGAAAGUUAUAUCUGAAGCAAUUUCUGGUACUCAGGUUCCUAAUACGUCAAUCCAACUUGUGCAGACACGAGAUGCCGUCUCCUCUCUACUGGCGCAGGACUCAUUGAUCGAUUUGGUUAUACCACGUGGCUCAAAUGAUCUUGUCCGUUUUGUGAAAAACAACACCAGGAUCCCGGUACUGGGUCAUGCCGAUGGUCUCUGCUCUGCGUAUAUCCAUCCAGACGCGGACCUGGAUGUGGCCGUAAAGGUAAUCGUUGAUUCAAAAACCGAUUAUCCGGCUGCAUGUAAUUCCUUGGAAACAUUGCUCGUUCAUGAAGAUGCUCUGGACAGUAUCCUUCCUGUCGUUGCGGAAGCACUCUUCAAGAAGGGUGUCUCGCUCCGUUGUGACUCAUUAUCGAAAGCUGCGUUGACAAAGAAAUUUCGAAAUACGCAAGGAAAUUUGGUACAGGACUCUGAUGAGUCUGAUUACGAUACAGAAUUUUUGGAUCUUAUUCUUGCUGUUAAAACCAUUCCUUCAACCCGUUCUCCGGGAUUGGCUGUCGAGAAAGCCAUCGCCCAUAUAAACUCUCACUCGUCUAAGCAUACUGACAUUAUCUUGACCAAGUCAAGGGAAUUGGCAGACUUAUUCAUGAAAGGGGUUGACAGCGCCGGUGUUUUUUGGAAUGCCUCGACAAGGCUCGCUGACGGCAUGAGAUAUGGAUUUGGCACCGAAGUUGGCAUUAGUACGAACAAGAUUCAUACAAGGGGUCCUGUCGGGUUAACUGGCCUGACAAUAUACAAGUAUCUGAUUAGCGGAAAUGGCCAUGGAGCAGGCGACUAUUCUAGUGGGCAAGGAAGUCGAAAGUGGAAGCAUGAGAGCCUGCCAAUAGAUGACGAAUAGUUGCAUUGGUCACAUUCAAAUUGAGCUUUUUCU